AGCUUGGGGCCCCUGAUGAUUAGCCAUGGUCUGACUGUACAUUUUUUUCUCCCAUCCGGUGUCAUUCUGGUUGGGGUGGCCAAGUGUGCACCUGCCUUCAGCAUGCUGCUCUUGUUCCAGGGGAUUGUCUGCACGUAGGCCUGCCCCUGUUCUCUUCAUCUCCUGGUCUAUCCAUCCUCUGUGUGCUGUGCACCUUUUGUGUAUACAUGUACACUGUACAUGUACUGUAUAUAAUGUGUACGUGCAUGUGAGAGUGGGACGGAGACUGUGAGCCCAGUAUGGAUGGCCAGUACAAAGGAUGGAAACAGAUUACAAGAUGCCCUCUUUUUAAGGUUUUGCGAUGACUCGCUACAUACGACACCUUCUUGGCUCCACCUGGUGUCGAUGGCAAUCAGUGACAUCACUGCUGCCUUCAGCCAAUCAGCAGCACCCAUCAGUUGCCUGUCAGCGGCGCCUGACCAUCCUUGGCGCAUCACUGGCCAGCAGGAGCGGGCUAUCAGUGAAGUUAUUGCACGGUACAGGACAACAGUGUUGUGGAACUACCGGUACCUCCUCCAAAGGUGCCCCUGUUGCUGAUGAUGAUGAGGUGGGAAGGCCUGCCAUCACAGAGUCCUUGAUGUCCGAGGGUCCAGGGGGAGCCUCAGAGUCAGCAGAUGGAGAUGCAAAUGGCCUAGAUAGCUUGGAUAUUGGGAAAACCUACAUUCCGCCAGCCACAACAGACAAUCUUAUAUUUGGAGGAAUCCCAUACUACGAGCUGCCUGUGAUUCACAUUAAAGCCACAUACAACAACACCCACAUUAACAUCACUGAUCACACCGGACGAAGGAGCUACACAAGGACUACUUGUGGAGCAGAAGGGUUCAAAAAUGCAAAGAAGGGAACAACGAUAGCAGCUCAAACUGUUGGCAUCUCAGCUGCCGCUAAAGCACUGGAGAAGGGGCUGAAGACAGUGAGGGUUAUCGUGAAAGGGAUUGGUCCAGGUAGACAGGCAUCCAUUAAAGGUUUACAGAUGGGAGGACUUGACAUUGUGUCCAUCACAGAUAAUACACCCAUACCACACAAUGGAGCCAGACCACGAAAAGCAAGGAGAUUAUAACAUUCCAACACAACUGGCUUUGGGCUGAAAACAAUAUACAUGUACAUAUUUUGAUGAUUGUAGUACAGUGCAUCAGGAAAGUGUGUCUGCAACUCUACCUACUCUGAAAGUCUUAGCUGAUGAAAUCUUGCAUGUUUCUUUUUGGAGGGAGGUGGGGUACAGUAGGUAAGAGUUGUUCUGUGAAUGUUGCAAAGAUUGGUAAUGAGACUGAUUUGACUAGAGUAAGUAGAACUUGGAUGCAUGUGUGAUGUGUGCAUGAUUAUGUUUCCAGUUUGAAUCUGUGGAUGUUCCAGAACAGGUUGGAAUUGGUUCUAGAACUUCUCAAACAUAUUUCCAGACAGACAGUAUUGUUUUAUCCCCGGCUUCAGUUUUGUUUAUUUAAUUUCUGUCAGGAGUAUAAAAUGCUUUUCAAGCAUCUCCCUUGUGUUUCAGUGUAAAAUUCAUUUAAACUUAAGUCUGACAAACGCCUUCAAGUUACAUCGUUGUAAUUAGAACAGUGUUGUAUUUGAGUCCAUCACAAGUCCCUGUAAGUCCAUCACAAGUCAUUCAGUCUUAAGCCAAUUCACAAG